AAUAAAGAAAAUGUAAUAACCAAAUGUGAAAAGGAUGAUAAUUAUUCACGAUGCUGUUGACUUGCAGUGGUGCAUACACACACUAAUAGAGUAGGCCUGGAGUCUAUUAUCCUGAUAUCAUCAUCAUCGCAUCAUCUUUUGGACACAUGUAUGAAGAUGGAAGAUUAUAGAGAGAAAUUUAGACAUUAUAUGCCACUUCCAUGUGACAACUCCAAAAAGUGUACAAAAGAACUCAGAAAAGCAUACCAAAGGUCACCAGAAAACUUGACAUCAAAACUAGCCCUAAUUAAUUAGAAACCAUUUACAUUUCUUGAUCUUAGGGACUGAAAAGAUUACACAAGCAUUGCACAUCUAUUAGAAGGAGCAAGAUGAGAAUGUGCUUUAGUGGGAACUUUAGAAUCAUGGAGACAGGGCCACCAUCGGAUUUAAAGGAAGCAUUCAUGAAGUAUACAGAAGGCAAGACCUACAUGACGGCAGAACAGCUGCAGCGGUUCAUGGUGGAAGUGCAGGGUCAUGGUGGUGCUUCAGUCGCGGAGGCAGAGCUGAUUGUGGAUCAGAUUUUGCAGAAGCGUCAUCAUAUCACAAUGUGUGAAAGGAGUUGUCUCAGUCUUGAUGAUUUUCACCAUUUCCUUUUCUCAACAGAUCUCAAUCCACCCAUUAGUAAUCAGGUUGAGCAAGAUAUGACAGCACCUUUAUCCCAUUAUUUCAUAUAUACUGGCCACAAUUCAUAUUUGACUGGAAACCAACUCAGCAGUCAUUGUAGUGAUGUCCCUAUUGAAAAAGCACUGAAGAGAGGUGUGAGAGCUGUGGAACUUGAUGUAUGGCCGAAUUCAGCAAAAGAUGAUGUACUUGUUCUUCAUGGAUGGACCCUUACAACUCCUGUGAAGCUAAUUAAGUGUCUGAAGUCCAUUAGAGAGCAUGCCUUCUUUUCAUCUCCAUACCCUGUGAUAAUAACUCUGGAAGAUCACCUCACUGAGAAUCUUCAGGCUAAAGCAGCUCAGAUGAUUACUGGGACAUUUGGAGACAUGCUAUUUUAUCCUGAAACUGAAUGCUUGAAAGAAUUCCCUUCGCCAGAGGAACUAAAACAUAAGAUAAUUAUAUCAGCCAAACCUCCAAAAGAGAAAGGGGACCUUGAAGUUAAAUGCAUGAAGGGAAAGGGAAUUAACCCACUGAAGGAAAAAGAUUCUAGUGAAGAUCUAUGGGGGAAGGACCUAUUAGCCCUUUCAUCUAAUCAGGAAGAUGAUGGAAAGAGUGAUGGUGAAACAAGUGAACAGAAUCAGAAUGAUGAAUACAGAUAUGUCUGUGAUCAUGAACUGCGCCCACAAGAAGCACCUGCCUACAAGCAUCUAAUUUCCAUUAGUGCUGGAAAGCCCAAGGGUGGGUUAAAGAAGGCACUAAAAGUUGAACUUGAUAAUGUUAGACGCCUUAGCUUGAGUGAGCAAAAAUUUGAAAAGGUUAUUGCAUCCCACGGAACAGAUGUUGUAAGAUUCACUCAGAAAAACAUUUUGAGGAUAUAUCCUAAGGGUAUUCGGAUUGACUCCUCCAACUACAAGCCAAUGAAUGCUUGGCUGCAUGGAGCUCAAAUGGUUGCACUUAACAUGCAGGGAUAUGGUAAAUCACUUUGGUUGAUGCAUGGGAUGUUUAGAUCAAAUGGAGGGUGUGGUUAUGUCAAAAAGCCUGAUUUUUUUAUGAAUAUGGGUCCAGAAAAUCAGGUAUUUGAUCCUAAAGCAAAAUUGCCAGUGAAGAAAACUCUAAAGGUUAAAGUUUAUAUGGGGGAUGGAUGGCAUUUAGAUUUUAAGCGAGCACAAUUUACUUUAUUUUCCUCUCCUGAUUUCUAUAUCAGGGUUGGCAUAGCAGGGGCUCCAGCUGAUAAGACAAUGAAGAAAACAAAGACAAGGGAGAACAAUUGGACACCCAUUUGGGAUGAAGAGUUCACAUUUCCAUUGACUGUUCCAGAAUUGGCUUUGCUUCGUUUUGAAGUUCAUGAUCGUAUAAUGCCUGAGAAGGAUGAUUUUGCAGGUCAAACCUGUUUGCCUGUCUCUCAACUAAGGCCAGGCAUCCGUGCAGUCCCCCUCUUCAAUCGGAAGGGAAAUAAGUUCAGCUCAAUGAGACUUCUUAUGCGGUUCGAGUUUCUAUAGAAAGUGCCAAGUUUAGAUUGAUGUAUAGAUGAUAAUCCUUUUUUCAAGGCCAAGUAUGUAUAGAUGACAAUUCAUAUCCAUGCACAUGCUUUUACAUACUUAAUUGGAAACUGCUGUAAACACUCAUUAAAUUGAUGAUCAAGUGGAAUAGGUGAUCUCAA